UGUCGCAGUGGAUCGCCCGGAACGCAUCUCAGUUAGCACGAAACUGUCGUGGCGUUUGCUCUCUCUGCACUAGGUGGCGCGCGGUAUUUUUUUCCAUUUUCCUUUCGACCCCGGUUCAGUGUCCCGUCUGUUUUGCGGGCCACGUACGAUCUAUGUACGGUGCGUACGGAUACGGUUUUAUCCUGCCGCGUGUAUGCGCCACCGUACGACCAUUACGGGACGGUUACAGCAAAGGUGGAAACAACAUAUCUCGUCCUAAAAAGCAUUAGAUAAAUAAAAACGGAAACAAAAAACAAACACAAAAGAGAAGAAAAAAAAAAUAUCGUUGACAUUCGUGAGUGUUUUUGAAAGUGAAUGCACCUUAAUGUGAUUGUGUCGGUAUUUUUUUCGUGCUUUUCAAAGGCAUAAGUAAAAAGAAAAAAAAGUGAGUUAUUGUAAGUCAAAGAUAGAUUUGUUUUUUAUGCUCGUAUAGAAGUUAAAAAGUGAAAAAGUGAAAAAGUGAAGUGUGGACAAAAGAAAAGAAAAGAAAAAGAAAAAAAACAGUGAAACAAAGAGUGCAAAAAAAGAAGAAAAUAAAUAAAGAAGAUCAAAACAAGCAAAACAGAAAUAAAAAAAAAUACGAACCACAAAACGUGAUAAGUAAAGCGAGAAAAGGAAAAACAAAUGUUUGUUUUACGUUUUAAAAAAAAAUCAUAUUACACACGAUCACACCGUUAUCCCGUUGGUGAUCGAGUAUUUUGUUGCGUGAUUUUUGCGUGACUGUCGCACCAGGGUGAGUUCCUGUCGAUGCCGUAUACAGUGAGUGCCAAUACAGUAGUGAAACAACCCCGAUUCCUUGUACUUCGCCUACUUGCCUGCUGCUGCCAAACCACAGCGACACGCACAAAACAACACCAAUCAACCAAACACUGAUCGCCAUCGUUAGUGCAAACUGUCAUUCGGAACAACAACAACAACGAAAGAAGAAGAAGAAGAAGGAAAUCCUUUUAUUUCCCAUCUCAAAUUGAAUCCAGUGACGCUUUGGAGUGUUUUCAAAAUAUUCAACGUUGCAACAACCUCUCCCCCGUUUUUAUUUUUUGGUGAAUCUUUUUCCACGUGUGAUGCUGAUGUCGUUUUGUGCUGCUCUUCUUCUUCACAGGCGAAGUGUUUUAGUUUAGCGGCUUUAGUUAAAUGCUGGUUCGGGUUGGUUUUUCGAUUUUUUUGUCGACCCAUUCACAAUCACAAGAUGUGUAAGAAUUCACUCACGGGUGUAAAAUUCGACGACUCGUAACACGGGCGUCCCCUCCCCGUGUGCACCGUAUGGAGCGUGGUCAGAUAAUAGCAUAAUUGGAUUUCAACACACCAUUUCCCAUUGCUCAGCCCCGAGCAGAAUGGUAUAACAAAAAGAGAGAGAGAAAAUAGAGCAAAAGCAAAAAAAAUCAAGAAAGGAAAAUAAGUCACAGCAGUGGUGGAAAAAUCGAAUCAACGCCACCGUCGCGUCAAAGCGAGUGAGUGUGUGGGUGCGUGUUUGUGUGUUUGUACAAAGAAAAGGAAAAGUGUCUGUGUGUGUAUUUUGUGUGUGUGUGCAUUUUUCCAUUUUCCACUCACGCUCGUGGUGUGUGGGUUGUUGCUGUUGCGAGGAUCCCGGCUCCCGGCAGCAGGAAGCGACGAGUCAAACGGGAAAACUUCUGUCCUCCCUUCACACAUACACGACACAGGUGAUUCAGGGGAAACAAUUCAAGAUCCCGGCAAGUACUAUCGUACUAGACUUCUCGGAGAUGCAUCGAGGCCGGUAGCCGGCACGUUACGGAGUCAACCGAAGCUGUACGGUAGAAGACAGCAGCAAAAUAAAACACCAUAUCGCUGGGCUGUAGCUGUAAACAGCGCGCUGUGUAGGCUGUGUGUUUUGCACAGCAAUGGCGAGAACUUCGAAAAUGAGCUUACGAUACGUAGUGCUAGUGUAUGCAACCAUCGCCCUCCUGCUAUCCCGGACAGUGCUAACGGCAGCGAAAACUGCCAAUGGCGGAGUGGCUGGUGGUGCCAGUGGUAGUGCCGGUGGUGUGCAAAAGUUCGCAAUGGAACCCCAGGACCAGACAGCCAUCGUCGGUUCGCGGGUAACCCUGCCAUGCCGGGUAGAGUCGAAGGUCGGCCAGCUGCAGUGGACCAAGGACGAUUUUGGGCUCGGAUGGCAUCGUAAUCUGAGCGGGUUCGAUCGCUAUUCGAUGGUCGGCAGUGAUGAGGAAGGUGACUAUUCGCUCGAGAUCUAUCCCGUCAUGUUGGACGAUGAGGCACGCUACCAGUGCCAGGUCGGACGGGGAAAGGAUGGUACUCCCGGUAUACGGUCGAGAUUUGCCACGCUUACAGUAUUAGUUCCACCGGAACCGCCAAAAAUAGUGCAGGGAGAUUUCCUGGUCACGACCGAGGAUCGUGAGAUUGAGCUGGAGUGUGUAUCGGUCGGUGGUAAACCGGCUGCCGAAAUUACUUGGAUCGAUGGGUUGGGCAAUGUGCUCACGUCCGGUAUUGAGUAUGUGAAGGAACCGAUGACGGAUACUGGGCGCUUUACGGCGAAAUCAAUCCUCAAGCUAACUCCCAAAAAGGAGCACCAUAAUACGUCGUUCACCUGUCAGGCACAGAACACGGCAGAUCGGACGUACCGGUCCGUGAAGCUAAAGCUGGAGGUGAAGUACGCACCGAAGGUAAGUGUCUCCGUUAUUGGAGGUGCUUUGUCCGGUGGUAGAAUUCCGGAAGGUGCAGAGGUACGGUUAUCCUGCCGAGCGGAUGCUAACCCUAGUGAAGUCACCUACAAAUGGUAUAAGGCUGAUGAACCCAUUCUAGGGGAUUAUACGACAGAGAUGGUAAUACACAACGUCUCGAAGGCAUAUCACGAUGCUGUCAUCAAGUGUGAAGUACAUAAUGCCGUCGGGAAGAGCGAAGAAAGCGAAAUACUGGACAUCAGCUAUGGUCCAACGUUUCGGACACGGCCACAGUCAGUUGAGACGGACAUCGACCGGAAAGUCACACUAACCUGUGACGUUGAUGGUAACCCACCGCCAGAAAUCAUCUGGGUGCACGAGGACACGAGCCGUAUCGUGUCGAACUCGGCGAACAUCACCCUCAUGGCGACACGCGAAACGGCCGGUAACUACUACUGCAAGGCAAGCGUGCGUGGCUUCCCGGACAUUGAGGCAUCCGCUGCCGUCCAUCUGAAGGGACCACCGACAAUACGGUCACCCCGUCAACAGUACGGCUCCGUUAACGAUAACUCCCAGAUCCAGUGUGAUGCGAUCUCGAUCCCGAAGGCGAAACAGGUCAUCUGGACGUACAACGGGCUGGAGGUGAAUAGUGAAAACGAUCACACCAUACUGGAGAAUCCAUCCCCGGAAGGUGUACGAUCAACGUUGAUCAUUAGCAAAAGCCAGCGGCAACACUUUGGCGUGUACAACUGUACCGUGCUGAACGAGUACGGUAGCGAUACGCUCGAGAUCCAGUUCGCACCGAUGGAGUCAUCGUCUCUCCCGGUUGUAAUACUCAUCGUGGUGGUCGUAUUCAUCACCAUCGUGUUCGUGCUAGUGGUCAGCCUGUGCUGUUGCGAGCGCAAGGGUAACAAGAAGUUACCGCCAGCGGAUGUUAUUACGGACCAUUACAUGACGGAAAAGACGUGCAAGGAAAGUGACCGUUCGUCUAAUGUGAGCGAUCUGAAGAUUGAUCGGGAUCACGAAUAUUCGGAAACUUGCUCCGGUACGGACAGUAUCGCAACGCGGCUCGCGAUGAACAUGAUGGGUUCGUCGAGUGGAGGUAGCAACAACAGUGGUGGUGGUGGUGGAGGCGGUGCACCUGUAAAUGGUGGUGGAGGUGUACCACUUGCCGGACCCGUACGCAUUCCCAACGAUUAUAGAUACUCGGGUGAUUACUCUGACGGUAUUGGAUCGACACUGCAGGCCAAGAUUGGUCAGAGUAAUGGUGGCUAUGUGCCGUACGUAGACUAUGCACAGGACUACAACCUGCCGAUGCACAUAUCCAGCAACGGGCAGCUACCGAACGGUAACCUUAGCCUGACGCGGAAUCGUGAACUACGUCAGGAUAAUGGUCUACCAAGCAUCCAGAACGGUAUGGGUUCACUGUCGGCUGGUCUGAUGAAUACGUCGCUGAUGAAUGCACCCAGCAUAGAUCCACGGUACAGUGCGACGUACGGUAAUCCUUACCUGCGUAGCAGCAGUACCCAUCUGCCACCGCUUCCACCGCCGAGCACGGCCAAUCCGGCACUGACGCCGGCCCCGCCACCAUACAGUGCCGGUCGGCAUCCGGCGAGUGCGCUGCUGAUGGGCGUCAACAUCGGUGUCAAUUCUGGCAGUGUCAUCGGUAUUGGGUCGAGCCUAACCAGCCCCGAAUCGCUCAGGUCGACGAGUGCGGGUAGUGAGCAACCGAGCGCAGUACAGCAGCAGGCACAGCAGCAAAGUGCCCAGGUGGCUGGUGGUCAAACCGGCAGUCCCGCACCGGGUCAGUUCAUACUGCCAGCGAACGGGGACAUACGCAAAGGUGCACUAGCGACCCACGUCUAGCGGACUCUACCGUACACAUCCACCGAGCCAUACCGAGUCAUCUUGAAAACGUACUAUCAACUGGUACUAUCAACUCCCCCACCCCUCAGAUCACUGUUCCAUUUUAUGCUCCUCGCUUGCUAAUACCGUCCCAUGCACGCAGUUGUUUGUUGUGCACGUUUCUUUCUUUUUGCGGUUUUUAACUAUCCACGUCACACCGUGGAUUACUUGUGGAUUGCAGCCUAUCCAUUUGGGGCAUUCUUAUCGCCAAGUCAAGCCACCAGGUGGAAGACGUUUGUGAAUAGUGCAAAAAACGUCUCGUUUUUUUUCCCCUCCCGUUUUGUGCCCACGAGUGAAGUGAAUUGUUACACCAACACGUGCUACAUGAUUUUAAAAUCAAACAAAAAAAACACAAUUAAUCUUAAGAUGUCAAACUAAAAUUUGUUGCUCCCGUGUGUGUGUUUUUUAUGUUGCUUUUAUGCCUUUAAAACGCCAAUAUUUCUUAAAGGCAAAUUAUUAAAAAAAAACAGUAAAAGAUAUAUAAACAAGCAUGUUAAUUUUUGGUGCUUUAGUUUGUACUGAACGUAGCAAAUUGGUGUUGUUUAUUGGAUCGGCAUAUUGCCAUAGAGUAUUUUUUUUUUCAUUUGCAGCGUUCCGUCUUUUCCGUCUCUGUCUCUCACUCUUCCCGUGUGUCACCACGGAUUUGGAAGUUACAGAAACGCACACACAUACACGUACACAAAUUCACAUACACACGAUAUAUAUGGAGUGGUUAAUUGCAAGAAUGUUUGCAUUUACUGCAAUCGUUACGAAGCAGCACUUGGAACGUUUUACUUUCUAACUUUCAAUUCAAAAUGUGUGGCCUUAUUAAGAUGAAGAAAAAAAAAAAGAAGAAGUUUAAACAAAAAAAAAACGAUAAAACGAUACAGCAAACACAACAGCAUAUAAAAGAAAAGAAGAAGAAGAAGAAAAAUAUUAACGUAACACAACCAAAUAAAAAAAAGACAUAUUACACAUGGUGGCAGCGUGGAAAACUGAUGGGCGUAAGAAAAGGAAUUUACAAGCAAAAUCGCAUAGCCGAAUUUCGCAUGUUGGUAAAGGAAUUCACCUAAAAUCUUAUGUAUUCUUAUAGAGAUAUAUACAUAUAUACAUACAUAUAUGCGUGUAUACUCGCCGGGUGUGCAUAUAUACUCGAGUGUUUAUAUAUAUACAUUGAAGUGUCGCUUACGAUGGAAGCCGGUUUAGAACAAUUUGCUUUGCCCGCAGGGUAGCUCAAUGAGCUCACGAAACACGUUUAAAAAUUUAGCAAGAUUUUAAUAAUAUAAAAAAUACACCCGAACACACACACACAAGCAAACUCCAUAACACGUAUGCACACACAACCCACAAAUAUACAAAGAAGCGAAAUGAUCAGAAGCUGCAACACAAACAAAGCAACCGCACUCACACAUACAGCGAUACAGACAGAUGCUGAGCAAGCUUUAGCUUUAACACAUGUUUAGCGAAAUUGAAUGACGCUAGAAGACAAAAAAAAAUACUACACAAAACAAAUGAACAAACAAACAAACAAAAAAAAACAAUGAAACCGACCCCGGCCUAGGCGGAAGAAUAUUUUAAACGAAGGCCAAACAUAUGCUUUUGCACCUCGAACGGAGUGUGACUUUGUGCUGCGAAAAACAAAAACAACACAAAAAAAACAUCUCUUCCCGCUUUGACGCUUCAUUUCCUAUUCCAUUUUUACUCCUUUUCAUGCGUGCGCGUGUGUGUGUUUGUGUGCUGAGCGACGCGUUCGCAUGCUGAGGUAGCGUUUUAGUGUGAAAUGUAACAACGAUUGCCUACCUUUAGGCGUAACACUGCAACAACUCUUCUAACCGCACACAUGCCCGCACGCACCUUCCCUUCCGAUACGUUUUCCAUACUUCGGUGAACAGCACGGCACGGUGGAAACAAUUAUUAGGUAGUGAUAAUAAGAAGAAAAAGAGGGGCAGAAAAGAGAGAGAGAGAGAGAGGGAGAAAAAUUAAUUACAAUACACCGAAGAUACACGGCUAUAACCCGGUGUACCUUUUGCGUGUGUUUGUGCGGUUUUGGAAGAUGUUUUAAUCGACUAUUUUUCACCCCGCUUUGUUUUACCAACCCCUUUUUCUUUUCCCCGUAACUGAGAAGGUUCGCACCGGCCGGAGCAUCAUGUGAGAAUAUACCAAAUUGUUUUUUAAAUGUAUAGAUUUUAAUUUUAAACGCAGCACCCGUAACACGCAGCGGGGGUUUUUGUAUGAUUUUUCUUUUUUUUUUAAACACACAUGUCAUCGCUAAGAUUUCAUAUGCUGGUGCAUCUCGUUGUAGAACAAAUAGUAUGUAAGGGUUUUAGACACUAAUCAGUUGCGUGAUUUGGCAAACUGGUAAACAGGAAACUCCAGGAGCGUAUUGGUUACACCAAUGCACCUCCACACUCGCUAGGCCAUUCGACUGAAAUCGUAUCGUUAGAGGCGCCCCAACUAGGUACUGUAUUUUUUUUUUUUUGUAAACCAUUUCCUCUCAUUAAACAAAAAUCGUUCAAAUUCAUUCAAGCUUAGAAAGUAAGUACUUACGCGUUAAGAUGAAAAUGCAAACCGAACACGGCAUAUCGUAUCGGUACGUUCACACACAAUCAGGUGCACAAAACCCCAACACACAAAAAAAAAGUCAAAAGAGAAAAGAAGAAAAACAAAAACAAGGAAAAAACACGUCAAUCGGUUUAUAAGGAUGGUGAAAUAUUGUAGCUAAAAUUAUUAGUGAAUUUACUGAUGGAGGCGCCCGGUGGUUGUCACCUGGAUGACAAAUGACACCAGCGAAAUAUGGGUGCGUUUUUUUUUCUUUGUGUUUUUUUUCUUUCUUUUUCACCAUUCGAAAUGGGGUUAAAAUUGAGUGCACCUGUGCUUGUGUGUGUGUAUAUAUAUAUACCUAGCAAUGCCAUUACGGAUUAAGAACGUACGAAAAAUUAAAGAAAAAAAAAGUGAAGAAGAAGAAAAAAGUAAGAAAAUUUACAAAAAAUAAAUCCCGAACUGUCCCGAGCUGCACGUGACGUUCAGUACAUUUUAAAGGUAUCUGUUUGUUUUUUUUUGUAAACAGUGAUGAAACUAAAAGCUAAAAACAUAUUAUACAUACAUUUACAUACAUACAUUAUAAUUGUACGCCAGUAUCAAAUCUGCUAUUACGGCUAUCGAACUUUUGUACAUAAAACGAAUAGAAGCAUACGAAUGUUUUGCGUAUGUAUGAGAAAACGCGUACAUAUACAUAGGGUAUACAUACACUGCAUCUAUAUUAAAGAUACAACUAGAGAGAGACAGA